CAGUUUUCAUUACGCGUGCUUUUGCCGGAAAACGUAGAUCUUCUCAAUAUGAAAUAUCAGUAAAAUAAUUUGUGAACAUCGUUUUCACAUAUUAGAGCAAAAAUGGUAAAGCUAACGGCUGAAUUAAUUGAGCAGUCAGCACAGUUCACAAAUCCAUUGCGAGACAGAGAGCUGGACCUGAGAGGUUACAAAAUUCCAGUGAUAGAAAACAUGGGUGCUACAUUGGACCAAUUUGAUACCAUAGAUUUUUCAGACAAUGACAUCAGAAAGUUGGAUGGCUUUCCACUGUUACCAAGACUGAAAACACUUCUCUUUAACAACAAUAGAAUUGUACGAAUAGCUGAAGCUCUACAUCAGGGAAUUCCCAAUUUGGAGACGCUCAUACUUACAAACAAUGGCAUACAAGAGCUUGGAGAUCUGGACCCAUUGGAGUCUCUGAAGAACCUUACAUAUCUCAGUUUGAUGAGAAAUCCGGUCUCAACCAAGAAGCACUACAGACUGUAUGUACUACACAAAGUCCCCUCAUUACGGGUCAUUGACUUCCAGAGAGUAAAACAAAAGGAGCGAGAUGCCAGCCACAAGAUGUUCAAGGGCAAGAAAGGUCAGGCCCUGGCAGCAGACAUCGGCAAGAAGAGCAAGACAUUUGUACCAGGAGAGGGCCUGCCAGAGAAGAGAAUGGAGGGGCCCUCGAAGGAGGACAUUGCCGCUAUCAAGACUGCUAUUGCGAAUGCCAAGACUCUGGAGGAAGUGGAGAGGCUGAACAACAUGCUUAAGACUGGACAGAUACCAGGAAAGGCAGCCCUCCAUAAGCAAUUACGUGGGGAAGAGGAAGAGAUGGAGAUGAAUGGCACCUGAUCAUUUUGGUAACCAGUUGUCAUGGCAACCCCAUCUGCAACAAUAUGUCAUCAGUGCAGCUGUCAUCAAAUCUUUUUAUCAGAGUCAUCUCCAUUUUGGCUUCACUGCAGGCCGGGCCAGCCAUUGUUAACAUGAGCAGGGUGCAUUGGUUGUGUUCAAUGUAAAACUUUUGGCUGAUCUACUAAAAACUUUCUUGAUAACUCAUUGAAAUCCGUUAAUUGUUGUUUCACCUGAACCAUACUUACUCGAGAUUUAAUAUGAUGAAGAUCUCUGCCAAUAAUAAAUGAAUAUAUCAUGAUAUGAUUUUCAAUUUAAAAGGUUUUUAUAUCAGAAAAGUACUUUCCAUUUUCAGUAAGCACUUACAUAUCGUAAUGUUUUGAGGAUCACCCUGCUCAGGUUUCAUUGUUUUGAACAUUUUUUUCUAUAUGUGUGUAUACGAUCAGUUGUUGAGACUGAUAAGAACAGACAGAAAUACACACUUUAUUACUAGUAUGACUUUUUUGUUGUGAAAUAGGUUGCUUAAUUUAUAACUUAAAUUUAUAAAUAAUUCUUAGUAAAAAUGUUGGAAAGUUUUAAUCAAUGUGACGUAUAAAAAAAAUUUUGUUAAAAAUAAUAGUUAAAAUUAGUGCAGCCUCUUUCACGAAAUGUAAAUAUGUUUGUUACAGAAAUCAUGUCCAAGUAUUGAUGAUGAAUAAAAAAGGUUGGGAAGCGAAACUGGUAUUCUUUUUAUUCUUGCAACACUCUGCAAUAUUUCUAAUAUGUGAUUUGUACAUUUCAGAUGAUAGACGGAAGGUGUUUGGAGAUUUUUGGUAUACAAACAACAUUGGGUAGUCCCAGGCUUUGUGUUGAAAGUUUUGUGUGGUGUUUAACCUACAGAUAAAUUUGUUCACUGUAAUUAUAGCUCACUUGAGCAUAUCAAUCAGGGUGAGUAUUUUUGAUCAUCUUCUGUCCGUUGUCAACAUUUGCCAUACACUCUAGAUGCCUUAUUUAUUGCCUUAUCUUCAUGAUUUUUUUUCUGAACAUUUGUCCCCCUAAUGUUUCAUCCGAAGUCUCAAACUAGAUCACUUGGAAAUAGCUUUCAACACUCUGGAAACAUUUGUUCUAAUAUGUUCUAAUUAAAAAAAAUAAAAAAAAACAUGGCUGCCAUACUGAAACCUUUUGAACACUCCAGAAGAUGACAUAUUUUCCCAAUCACCUAGAAACAUUCUUAGAAUAAUAAUAUUUAUUAUAUUUUCUAAAAUGUGUCUGAAAAUGAGUAAAACUAUUGAAGUUUCAACUUUACCACACAGCUUAUUUCAUAAUGCGGUGUGGUGGUUUGAGUGCCUGUAUGACCUACAGAGCUUUGCCAGCGGGAUUGUUAACUCCUGACAGGGCUUCCCAAGCUGGACAGGUUGAAGGGAAGAAGAGAGAGGAAUGUCGGGGCUAAGAGGUAUGAGAAUGAUCAUUCAGACAAAAAAGGGGAGAUGCUCCAAAGCCUUGACCGGCAAGACUUAUAUGACAAGGAAGACGGAUGCAUGGGGCCUCAGAAGGCAUAACGAAAAAUCAAAUGUUUUCUACUCCAAUGAUGUACAACAACAGAUUUCUGCUCUGCAUGUGGAGUCCCCUUGGCUGGUAUAGUGUCUGAUGGGGCCCAACCAAAGCUACCGGAGGUCACCAUGUGCUACUGUGAGGAGACAGGCUAUGAAGGCAGUGGAUAAAUGUGACUGUACAAGAAAAGACAUUAAGCACGCAAGAGCCUCCUCAACUGUUGAACAGUAUGCUAUGUAAUGCAGAGAGAAUUUUGUCUAAGUUCAGGAUUGGUCAGUCAGACCAAUGCCCCUGGCAGACUGGCAGCAUGAAAACAACACUUGCUGCGGGCCUGCCCACUUCAUGACAGAUUAAGGCGCAAUAUCUUUGCGGAGCAGACCACAAUGCCAAGGAAGCAGUUUGGGACCAAUAAUGCAUAGGAAGCAAUUUGGGACCAACAAUGCCAAUGAAGCAGUUUGGGGGAUGUGCAGCUCAUGAUCACCUUUAAGCAGAGCCGAUUUUUCCAUCUGAAUGAUCAACAAGAACAAUUAGAAGUUAUUACUAUAUUGUGUGAUGUUGAAAUUAUUGUAUUUGAUAUAUAUGCAUACUAUGUCAGGAGCUAAAGGAAAUAUUUCCUUUGACCUGAUUAUUUACAUGUGACCUAUUGACUUUGUUUGUCUUACUCGGAGAGACAAACUUACAGGCUAACCACUGUGUUUUUCCAUUAGAGAAGUCAAUUUUCAAAGUUAGUCAUAAACAUUGUGCUUUAGGUAGAAUAUUUAUCUUUCAGAAAGUUAUUUUAUACAACGUGACAUUUCCACACUUGUUCACAGAUUAGACAAUAAAACAUAUGUCUGCAUAUC